AUGACCGUUAUCGGCGAGGAUCUUUCGGCCGCUGCGCUGGCUCCGGACGGCCGUGACGCGGCCAUCGAGCUGAACAAUGAAGCCAUCCUCCUGGAGCGCCAAGGAGACUUCGCGGGUGCCGAGAGCAAGCACUUGCAGGCAAUCCGUAUCAAGGAAGCCACCCGAGGUGUGGACAGUAUUACCACCGCUGUCUCCUACAAUGGUCUCGGUGAGCUCUAUGCCACCAUAGGCAAUCUAGACAAUGCGGAGGAGUACCUUAUCAAGGCCGUGAGCGUGCGCGAGCGAUUUGGGCUCAAGUCGGAUCUGGCCGUUACUCGUGAUAACCUGGGAAGGGUGUUCGAGAUGAGAGGAGACCUGAAUGCUGCAGAAGAGAUACGUCGCCGAGGCGCUCCUAGCAAUGUGGCUUGUGGCAACUUCCAAUGUCCCAAAAUAUCCAAUGCGAUAUCCAUCCUGUCAAAGUGUACAACAUGCAAGGCCAUCUUCUAUUGCUCUCGCCCUUGUCAAGUCGCUGACUGGAAGAGGCACAAGAAAUACUGCAAAACUCGGUCUUAG